CUCCGCCUUUUCAACUUUUUUAUCAAGCCCUUUUCUCCCUCAUUGUCUGCAUUCUUCGAAAGGAAGAGAAUACCAAUCAGCUUAGACAUUUUGGAAUUGGUUAUGCAAAACGGUGAUAGCAGUCAACACUCUGCGACGUAUCCCGAAUUACAAUCCUUGACAACGCUGACCCAUUCUGACAGUAACAUCGUUAACGGGCGAUUUGGUGAACAGCAAUCGGAAUCGACUUUGCAACAGGCUCCAUCUUGGCGAAAUCCUGGACAAACUCAUGUUGAUCCAAUGUACGUAGACUCUGGUGUCGGCAAGCAUUUUUCAUCAGCUUUCGACGGCUCAGGUUCGAUAGUAGAGACAAAGAAUACGUCUUCUGACGACAUGACUACGGUUCCAGUACAGGUCGGGGCUAAUGGCAGCAGCGAGUGGAAAGCACCGCCGUCUGAAGCUCCAAUUGCAAGCGUUUAUACUGCUGUUCCAAGCGAUUCUAUGAUUGCGCCGCAAGACAUAAACCCCAUAGGUAGCCAUUUGAGGAACGGUCAUAUUUCACCACCACUUCAGCCGUAUCACUCGGAUCUUGAUAUCAACAACGACAUGAAUACGGAUAUCAAACUGGAAACAACUGGUCAGAUGAAGACAGAGUUGGCUCAGUUUGACGCAUCAAGCUUAUACGCAUCAUCCAAAACAGAGCUGGAAAACGAUGCCCUCGAUCAAAGAGAUCUGAAGGAGUCGCUCUUGGGUGACUUGAUGCCUCCUUCAAUUCCCAAAACAGAAAGUUUCAGCGACGAUACUAUGAUCAAACAAGAAUCAACGCCUCACUCUGACGACGAGGACAAGCCAGCUUUCGCAGAUUACCCCUGUGCAACAGCAGAAGCCAUGACCAGGUAUCAACACAUUACCGCCAAUAUAUACAAGGGCUCAGCAACCGGAAAAUCAAUAGCGGAAGAGUCAAUGCCAUGCGAAUGCAAAUAUGAACCAAACUACGAUGACUCCAGUGCAGCUUGUGGCGAUGACGAUAUUUGCAUCAAUCGUAUGAUGUUUAUGGAAUGCAUGGAAGACGAUUGCCCCUGUGGGAGAUAUUGUCGUAACAGACGCUUCCAACUACAGCAAUACUCAAGUGUGGAUGUAAUUCGAACAGAAAAGAAAGGAUAUGGUCUGCGAGCCUUAGCCGAUCUUGAAUGCAAUCAAUUUAUUAUGGAAUAUAUUGGAGAAGUUAUACCCAACAGCGAAUUCAUCAGGAGGACGAAGGAAUACAAUACUGAAGGUGUCAAGCACUUCUACUUUAUGACUUUAAAGUCGGACGAGAUCAUCGACGCAACCCGAAAAGGUUGUUUGGCUCGAUUCAUCAAUCAUUCCUGCCGCCCAAAUUGCGUUACUCAAAAAUGGGUCAUUGGUAAAACGAUGCGUAUUGGAAUAUUUACCUCCAGAAAUAUCAAAGCUGGUGAAGAGCUUACAUUUGAUUACAAGUUUGAACGUUAUGGAGCUGUAGCUCAGCCAUGCUACUGUGGCGAGCCAAACUGCAAAGGCGUCAUAGGAGGUACCAAUCCUAAAUUUAGCUUGAGUGAUCUAGUCGCUCCGGAUUAUGAACAAUCAGAAGACGAAGCGGAAGCCGAUGCUAUCGACCUUUCUCCGUCCGCUGCAAAGACCAAGCUUCUCAAAAAGGAACAAAUAUACGAUCGUGCUAAGGUUGUAAAUCUGCCUUUGCAAAGUCCAGAUGAAGUCCAGAUGUUUGUCAAGAAAAUGCUUGGUUCAGUUGGCAAGUCGAAGCUUGUACAGAAACUACUUCACAGGUUGGAAUUGACAGAUGGUCAUACAUCCAACGGUCGUGAGAUCUUGAAAAGAUUUGUUCGAUUGCACGGCUUGAAAAUGCUCAAGUUUUGGCUAGGUGAAUGGAAAAACGAACAGGACAUUGUUAAAAAGGUUCUCACAGUCCUCGAACAACUACCAUUAGCAAAUAGAAAUGGACUUGAAGAUAGUGAUAUGUUCGAAGUCAUGACGAAGUUCACCGAGUAUGGUGACGAAGAUAUUGAAGAAAGAGCAACGCAACUUCUUCAAGAAUGGAGUGACUUGAAGAGUGUUUAUCGUAUUCCCAAGCGUAUAUACACGGAGCAACCAAAGGAGAUUGUACAGGAUGUGAAUGAGGAAGUAUUUGGAGAUAAUCACAGUAUCACUGAAGGUGACGCAUCACAAACGCUGUCGAAAAAACGACGAUACUCCUCUAGUCGCGACUUUUAUGAACCUCCAGAUGACUAUUAUGAGCAUUUGCCGCUAGAUAUCACCUUAGAGGACAUGGAGCGUCGUUUAAAAUUUCCACCGGUGGUCGUCAUUCCGACUGCGCCAAGAGCUAUGUUGGCAGCUGCAGCCGCAUCAGCCGCACUCGCAUCGCAAGCUGCCGCUGCAUACCAAAGCUCUACUGCAGAUCAAACUAAUGCUUACUAUGCUACUUCGGCCGACGUGUAUACAGCGGCGAACGAGCAACAUGGAUACGAUACUCCGCGAUCAGGAACGGCAUUACCACUAGACGAUAGCACUUUACCGACGGCACCUGCUGCAAUGCAAGCCUAUACAGCGUUGAAUCGUUCUCAAUCGUCUCGCUAUUCGUCACCAAGCACCGAUAUUCCGACGCAACCUGCAGCAUUCACCGCUGCGGCAUCGGUGGCGGCAGCAGCAGUAGCAGCAGCGGCAUCCGCUAGUACUGAUCAUAUCAAAUUGCCACCAAACUGGAAAGCAGCCUAUUCUGCAGAUGGCAGUCUAUACUACUACAAUAUCUUGACCAAUCAGUCACAAUGGGAACCUCCGGAAGGAAAAGUUAGCUCGAUCGAAGGUGUUGAUCAAAACCAGAUUGAAAACUUGGUUGCGACCGCUAUAAUGGAAGCGGAGCGAAAAAAGAAGACGACAGUGAACAGUUUCGAAACAGAUGUGAAACGCCCAUCAAAGUCUAGUACUAAAGCGCAUACAAUAUCGAAAUCUGAAAGUACUGUCAAAGCGAUGUCAGAAAUAGAACUCAAAAAGGAGGUUGGUAAAGUGGUGACCAAAUACUUGAGCUCAAAGCAGAAGUCAUUAUGGCAAGGUGAUAAGGAAUUGUUCAAGGAGCUGGCUCGCAAGAUUACUCACCAUAUCGUAGAUCGAGAAUCACAGUCUUCCCGUAAAAUUCAGGCGGUCAACGCUGCCCUUCGAACAAAGAUUGAAACCUACAUAGAUUCUCAUGGUCAUGAAGUGGUGAACAAACUCAAGCGUAAGAGAAAGCGUUCUGACAAAGAUGAAAAGGCUCACAAUGGUUCCAAGAGAUCACACCCAGGUUCGCGAUUUGGCGAAUCGGACGAUCACUCAGAACGGCUAGGGUCCGCAUCUAUGGACUGCUCCACUCCAUCCACAUCGCAAGAUAUCACCCCUAUGCAAGAAGGCGAAGAUACUUCAACUCUGAGCUCAUUACAUUCGUCGAACACAAGCCCGCUCGUUUAAAGACCCACUUGCAAAUCCGUGCACCAUGAGGCAGGGCCUUGAAGACUACUUUUUAAAAAGCUUCACUAACUAUUACCAACUUAUUUUGCGACCCUAUCACGCCACGGCCGUUCCUAGUCUUCUUUCGCGACCUUCCUAAUGCUACUAGUCAAUUGAUCUCAACCGUACAUGGUAUUCUAAGAUAUUGCUUCAUUUUGCUCUGGAUUUAUGGUUUGAAUUGU